CGGUAUUUCGUCGCGUGACGCCGUGGCGUUCGCAUCGAUCCGGAGCGACGACGGCGCGGCACCGUAGGCGACGAACUGUAAGGGCGGAUAAGAGAGGCGCGCACGAGGGCCGAAAAUCAAUCCCGGUCAGCGUGUCGGUUUCUCGUGUUCGCGGCGAGGACAGCGGCGAUCAGCCUUCGAAGAGGGAUUGUCUCCUCGGGGCGGCGACGACAGAGAGAGCUGACGACGACGACGACGACGACGUUCGAGAGAGACUAGAUCGUCUGAAGCGAUGCUGAAGAAGUUCCUCGGCAAGUCCGGUCGCAGGAUUCUGCGGGCGAUCAAGAAGCUGUCCACCAGAAGCCGCAAGGCCAAGAGGUCAUCGCGCAACCCCAGCUCCUGGCACACGGCGAUCCCGGACCUGGAGACCACCUCGCUCUCGUGGUCCCUGCCGUCCCUGGACGCCAAGAGCAUCGACACGUACAUGACGUACGUCGGCGAGAACCAGGAUGACUGCACGUCCAACUGUUGCUGCUGCGACGAGUACGAGGAGAACCAGAGGAACGAGAACCGGGAGAACGAGAUGAUAAUCUAACGUCCAUGCCGCUAGGCGGGCGUCGCGGAUACCGGCGCCCUCGGCUCGAGUUUGUCCCGCGAUCGAAUUCGCCGGCCGAAUCGUCCAUCCCGGCGAGGGUGGCGAUGUGAAUCGUACGCGCGUCGUUCGAAACGAAUAUUUAACCCUUAACUGGUGAGUACGAGUACUCGAAGUUUACCCCCUGUUCUUUUUUUCUCCCCCCCCCCCCCCACAACGACGUUUCGUUUUUCGGCGCGAUGAUUGUAGUGCAAUGACUGUACCAAAGAGAACGUCUAUCGGGACCUGCAACCGGUUAAGGGUUAAUCACGAUCCCUCCGUAAUCCGUUCCACACUCGCACACACACAGACACAUACACGAGCGCUUUUUAAUAAAAUCUCCAUUAUUUAUCUUAUUUUUCGAUAGAUACGUGUCGAGAAGCUCGUACAGCACAGAAAGAUUGCAAAAAUAUUUCAUUGCGAGGUAACAGAAACGUCGCAAUGGUCGAGCGUUGCGGCAAUAUUACAAGGCAAUGUGCUUUAGCGUUUCCAAAUAUUGGAUUAACACGUUUUUUCAAGAAUAUCACGUGUCCCCGCAUUAACUUUUAAACAGAAGAAUAAAAAUACAAAAAAAUGUACUAUCAAAAUCUCAUUUACUUCAGUCUCCGGACUCAAUUUUGGUAAAUAAUUUUUAGAAUGCAUUUGAAAAAUCUUAUAAUGUUGCGCGUCUUAUAUUCCAUCUCGUGGUUCUUUAAUUAGAAUUUUUUAAUUAACUUAAUUAGUGUAACUCCGUCCAUCGGGGCGGCUGCUCGCGGUCAUAAAGUAUACAAGACAUUAAUUCAGCGGACAUUGCUGAAAUAAAAUCGCAAAGAAAGCCUGUGCACGCUUCUGCGCUGUACGGGGGGGGGGGAUGGAAGACGCUCUGUGGCUGGACCGCGGAUUAUAUAAUUAUAGCCGUAAUCUCAAUUCCCCCGGCGUAUCGUCGAAAGAUAAGAACGCGAGGAGGAGAGAUGACGUUUUAUUUCCAGUUUUAGUCUUCCAGUCUAGAUUUAUAUUUUCCAGCCUGUAUAUUUUUCCACAGCGCGAGUCGCUGACGCGCGGCUCGCGCUCGCCCCGAUCUCAUUUAGCGCCAUUAAUUUCACAAUACAGCCGUAUCUUACGUAUUACUUUAUUUAUUACCGCGUAUAAACCGACCGCGAUUGUUGACGACGGGUCUAUGUUUCCUUUUCUCUUCUUUCCCCUUCUCUCUUCCGUUUCUUUUCGUCGCGCAAAAGUAGAGAAAGGAGCGGCGCGACCCCGCUCCGCGCGUCAUCGUCUCUUUCGACAUAGAGAAUAGCAAUAUGUGACGUAGUACAAAAAAAUAUAUACAUGUGUAUAUAUAUAUAUAUAUAUAUAUAUAUAUCGCCUAGCGUGUUAUCGACGAACGUUCGCGCGCGUCCCGGAGAAUGACGUCCAGAAUUUAAUAGGACUUUUCCAUCCGUCAACCGCGCGGCGACGGUUUUAUCAUAUCGGGUCUAACUUGUGGAUCACUAUUUUGCAAUAUCACGUGUUUUUCGGUGUCACGAAUCGUUUUUUUUUUUUUUUUUUAGGUGACCAAUUACUCUCGCGAGCCCGUCCGCGAGUACGGAUGUCCCAGACACGCACCAGCACGCGGCGGGACACUUUACUGUCCAGAUAAUUUAUAUAUAUAUACUAUAUAUCUCUAAUUGUGAACCCCGAGGAGAGAGAUUUCUCGAGCGAUUAAACUAGCGAUUAGAAUUGAACAAUCACGAUAUUUAGGAUAGGAACCGGGGGGAAAAUUGAAAUUCCACCCACUUCUUUCACUUAACCACACACCGACGCAUUUGUCUGUCCGCGGCACCCGGGGCUUUAUACGAAUCAAAAUGUCAGAGAUUCGAUCGAGUAGGGCACACCUCGAUUAUAUGCCCCCCCUCCCUCCUCCCCGCUAUUUAUCCGGGGCACAGAUGAGAUUUCUAAGAAACAAAAAGUUUUCGACUUUUUCGAUUCACGCAGUGUCACUUUUACUUGUAUAAUUGUCCUAGAUGUUCGAUACAUUUCGCGCGGUCGAGGUGCAUCCGUUAUAUUAGUCAGCCGAUACAACCGACCCUCGAUACAGGGUAUUAAACUUGUUGGAGUUUUCAAUUCCGAAGGGGGAGAGCCGCGCAUUUACCUAAAAAACACGAGCCAUUUUUAUAAUUCUAAAACGAUUCUACGAACGAUCCUCUUACGUAAGAUUUAUUUUGAGUAUUUACGUUUCGCCGAAUAUCGAGGGUAUACUUAUGCAAUAAGUCGCACCGGCCUGAUCACUCGUACCGAGUUCUUCUAUUUCCGAUCGUUUCCGGCACCUUUGCUCAAGGCGCGCAAAAGUCAAUCUUCACCCAAAAAGUAUCGAGAUACGUUUCCAUUCUUCCUACCGGGUUGAUUUGUAAAAGGAAGAAGAAGAAAAUAAAAAAAGAAAAGAAAAGAAGAGCUUUAAUGACUUACAAUCUAUAUGUAUAGAUGCAGAAUUUAUAUAUAUACAAAGAGGAAUUAUUAAAAAAUAUGGAUGUACAAUAUGGAUGAUGCGUGUUGAUAUACUUUAUCGUCUCGAUAAGGCUGUGACUUUGUAAAGCGGAUGUGAGUGUCGUAAAUAAAAAUGGUUUUAUUGACAA